CAUUCUUACUUACAUUCAGAUCAAACCAAGAUCGACAAUCAACACCAUAUCGAUAUGGCUGACACGACAAAGAGCUCGUCCUCUGAGGGCCUGGAUAUCAAGAAGGUGGCUGUCAUUGGCUGUGGAAGUAUGGGUGGAGGUAUGGCUCUUCUGUUCGCAGAGAAGGGCAUUAGCGUAUCACUCCAAGACCCCUCGACCGAAGCGAUGGACAUUAUCAUCAAGCAGGCCAAGGAGGAAGGUUUCGGCGACAAGAUCAGCAAGCAUAGCGACCAGAAGUCACUAUGCGAGUCCCUCGACUCCCCUAAGGUCUUGGUCUUCAGCUUGCCCCACGGCAGCGUAGGAGAUGGUGUACUUUCAGGUCUCAUGCCCUACUUGGAGAAGGGAGACAUCAUCAUCGACUGCGGUAAUGAGCACUGGAAGAAUACAGAGAGAAGACAGGGUAAAUGUGUUACCAGAGGUAUCAGAUACGUUGGUUGCGGUGUAUCUGGAGGAUACCAAGCUGCUCGCCGUGGUCCAUCGAUGUGUCCAGGUGCGGACGACCAGACUCUUGACCUAGUGCUUCCAUUCCUUCGCAAGGUCGCAGCAAAAGACCCCCAGGGCAGACCUUGUGUCGGCAAGGCUGGUACUGGAGGUGCAGGUCAUUACGUGAAGAUGAUCCACAACGGUAUUGAGCAUGGCAUGAUGUCUGCCAUCUCAGAGGCAUGGGGCAUCAUGAGAACAGGGCUGGGUAUGUCAGAGGAUGACAUCGGCGAUGUUCUGGAGAAGUGGAACAGUAAAGGAGAACUGGAAGGUACUUUCUUGGUGAAGAUUGGCGCCGAUAUCUGCAGAACCAAGGAUCCGAAGACUGGAGAGCGUGUCCUGGAUACUGUCGAGGACAAGGUUGUACAAGACAUUACUGGCGAGGAAGGAACCGGAAUCUGGUCCAACGAAGAGGCUGUGGGAGAACACAUCCCUGCUCCUACGCUCAGCUCGGCCCAUUACUUCCGCCUGGCAUCAGCCGAUCGUGCACAGCGUGCCCGCGCACAAAAGGCAUUUGGAGGAGACUUCCCGGCUCAGAAGCUGGACAUCCAAGACAAGGACAAAUUCUUAGAAGACUUGCGUGUAGCGACAUACACGGCAUGCCUGGCAGCCUAUGUUCAAGGCAUCAACGUCAUCGACCGCAAGAACAGAGAGGUCCACUGGAACAUUGAUUUCACAGAAGUGCUCCAGAUCUGGCGUGCAGGAUGCAUCAUCCAAGCCGACUAUAUCGCUUCCCUUCUCGAGCCCAUCUUCGCUGAGUACCGCAGCAAAGACACUAUGAAUCUGUUGUUUGAGAAGACAGUUGCCAGUGAUCUCAAGAAGGGUCAGCCCGCGCUCAAGCGUGUCGUGGUGCAGGCAGUACUCGGCGACCACGUUAUUCCUGCCAUCUCCAACUCUCUGGAUUACAUCAAGUACCAGACAGGCUUGGAACUUCCGACCCAGUUCUAUGAGGCUGAGCUAGACUACUUCGGCAAGCACAUGUACGACAAGAAGGGCGAGGAUCCGGAAGGUGCUCCCACUACAGGAAAGUAUCACUUUGAGUGGAAGAAGGCUUAGGAGGCUUGCGAAGCUCUGGCGGCGGUAGUAAACAAAAUACAGAUGAGAGUGUAUGUACCAGAACGAUAAUGACAUGAUAUGAUCCAACAC